CUCCCAAGCAGUUAGGCACGCACGCGCGCGCGGUGGACUUGUGGCCAUCGGUCUCGUCGGGCGAACCCUGUCCGCCAUGAAGCUCAUGAAGCUCGGCGCGCGGCCGGACACCUUCUUCACCUCCGGGCCCGUCAGGUCUGUCUACACGGAGGUGGCCACUGACCUGCAAAUCCUCGUGGAUCACUGCCUGUUUCGUCUCCACAAGUUCCCUCUGCUCUCCAAGUGCCUGCUGCUACAGGCUCUCUGCGCGGACUCCGAUGCCGUCGAGCUGCCGGGCUUCCCGGGAGGCUCGGAGGCGUUCGAGGCCUGCGCCAAGUUCUGCUACGGCAUCGCCGUCACGGUCGGUGCCCACAACGUCGUGCCGCUCCGCUGCGCCGCGGCGCACCUCGGCAUGACGGAGGCCGCCGACCGCGGCAACCUCGGCGCCAAGCUCGACGCGUUCCUCGGCUCCUGCCUCCUCCGCCGCUGGAGGGACGCGCUUGCCGUGCUCCGCGCUACCGCCCGCCACGCCGCGGCCUGCGAGGAGCUCGGCGUCACAUCCCGCUGCGUUGAGGCCGUCGCGAUCCUCAUCACCGACCCCGGCAGCAGCGCGUCCGAAGCCGGCUGCUCCUCGUCGCCGUGGUGGGCGCCCGACGUCUCCGAGCUCGGCGUCGACCUCUUCUGGCGCGUCAUGGUGGCCGUCAAGGCGGCUGGCACCGUCAAGGGGAGAGCCGUCGGCGACGCGCUCAAGGUCUACGCGCGCCGGUGGCUACCGAACGUCGCCAAGAGCGGGUACCUGGUGGAGCAAACCGACGGCAGCACGGGCAGUGCCGACGUGGCGGCCACGAACCACCGGUUUCUUGUCGAAAAGAUGGCAAGCUUGCUUCCGGCCGAGAGGAACGCCGUCUCCUGCAGCUUCUUGCUAAAACUUCUCAAAGCAGCGAACGUCCUGUGUGCUUCCGCGGCGACAAAGGCAGAGCUGACGAGGAGGGCGGCGCUGCAGCUGGAAGACGCCAGCGUGAGCGACCUCCUGAUACCGUCGUGCGCGAGCGAGACGCUGUACGACGUAGAUGCAGUGAUGGGCAUCCUUGAAGAGCUGGCGCUGCGGCAAGCGGCGGCGGCGGGGAUCCCGGAGGCAAGCCCGCCGCACGCGCGCGGACACAGACGGUCACGGUCCGCCGAGAGCUCGGAGUUCGAGGGAGCGCGCCGGUCUACGUCCGCCGCGGCGUCGCACGGCGCGAUGGUCUGGAUCGGGAGGCUGGUCGAUGGAUUCUUGAUGGAGGUCGCCAAGGAUCCGAACCUGCCGCUGAACAAGCUGGUCGCAAUUGCCGAGGCCGUGCCGGAUUGCGCCCGCCCGGAGCACGACGAUCUUUACCGAGCCGUCGACACUUACCUCCGAGUGCAUCCAGAGAUGGACAAGAGUUCGAGGAAGAAGCUGUGCAGGGUGCUCAACUGCAGGAAGCUCUCCGAGACGGCGUCCAUGCACGCGGCCCAGAACGAGCUGCUGCCGCUCCGGAUCGUCGUGCAGGUGCUCUUCUUCGAGAACGCGCGCGCGGCGGCGCUGUCCGGCCCCGGGGCUAGCCGCGUCGCCGGCGUGGCGGGUGGCGUCAAGGCGCUGCUCGCCAAGACGAGGGAGGCAGGCGGCGAGGAGGCCACCAUGGACGAGCAGAGGCUCCGGGGCCUCGCCGGCGGCACGCCGGGCGACAAUGACUGGAGCGUGGAGGGGCUGCAGCGCGCGGCGUCGAGGAUCUCGACGCUGCGGAUGAAGCUGGAGGAGGAGGAGGACGACGACGACGCCGAUGACGGGGCGUUCGUGCACAGGGCGCGCCCGGGGCUGGUCCGGAGCGCGUCGUCGCGCGUCAGAGCGCUCUGCGCGAUGCCGGCCGGGAAGCCCAAGCGGAUGCUGAGCAGGCUGUGGCCGUCGAGCAGAUCCAUCGCUGGGAGCGAGAGGCAUUGA